CCUCCGCCGCGGCCUCUGCCGCCGAGCGAGGCUGCCCCGGUGCAGUAUGGAGGCGAAGGUAGGGUCCACGCAGACUACCGGCGGCGCGUGCUCUGUGUUGGCGGAGGAGACCGAAAAGUGGAUGGAACAGGCGAUGCAAAUGGCCAAAGAAGCCCUAGAAAAUAUUGAGGUUCCUGUUGGCUGCCUUUUGGUCUACAACAAUGAAGUUGUAGGGAAGGGAAGAAAUGAAGUUAAUCAAACCAAAAAUGCUACUCGACAUGCAGAAAUGGUGGCCAUCGACCAGGCCCUAGAUUGGUGUCAUCGACAUGGCAAGAGUCCUUCUGAGGUGUUUGAACACACGGUGCUGUACGUCACCGUGGAGCCGUGCAUCAUGUGCGCAGCCGCUCUCCGCCUGAUGAAAAUCCCGCUGGUUGUCUAUGGCUGUCAGAAUGAACGAUUUGGUGGUUGUGGCUCUGUUCUAGAUAUUGCCUCUGCUGAUCUACCGAAUACUGGGAGACCAUUUCAGUGCAUCCCUGGAUAUCGGGCUGAGGAAGCAGUGGAGAUGUUAAAGACCUUCUACAAACAAGAAAAUCCAAAUGCACCAAAAUCAAAGGUUCGGAAAAAGGAAUGUCAGAAAUCCUGAACUUGUUCUAAUGAAAGACUCGUGCUCCUGGAUGACAUUCUUGGACAGAAAGCUGUUGACAUUGUUGAAUCGUAUGUUUAUAUAUUGUCCUUAAUCCAUGGGAAAAUGGUUUUUCAUCAUUUGCUCUGUUAAGGGAACAAAUUAGCACUUUUAAAAAGUCUGACAACUGCAAACAACUCCUAGAUUUUCCACAAGCUGGAAGAACAUUUUUAAGAAGGGGAAAAAUUAAAGAUUGAUGUUUUAGAAAUUAGUAAGCAGUGCCUGCUCUUCCUGCCAAAAUCGUUAUGCCCGGUCCAGGAAAGUGCUGACUUUCAGAGGAUGUGUGUAUCUGGACUCAGUUACCUGGUGUGUCUGCAUGGAGCACGGUGCCCUAUGGACACCUGGUCCAGGCCUGGCCUUUCAGACUCGGACCCUUCAUUCUUGGCAGCCACUAUGUUCUCCCAGGGUGUGGGGGGCAGGGUGUGACUUCCUUGGAAAUUGUAUAUGAAUCAUAUACAUAUAGACCGUGAUUCUAUGGUCCUUAGAGCAGAUUUUUGCUUUUAUAAAGCAUUUAGAGAAAAUACGUACUGUUAAAACAAGUGCUUAAGUAUCAUUUAAAAAUUACAGCAUCCUGCUAUUGUAAAAUCUUAUUUAUGCCUUCUUUGAAGAUGAAUAGUCUUAACAGUAAAAGAAAUGCAUAAAUGGACAACUCCUUCUUUGUUAUUGAGCAACUAUACUGUGCCAGGCUCUGUUUGUUCGCUGAAGCAGUGAGCAAAACAAAGAAUCCUGCCCUCAUGGAGCUCAUAUUCUAGCAGGAGGAGACAGAUAAUGAACAUAACAGAUUACACAGUAUGUUAGAGGGUGAUAAGAAUUAUGGCAAAAAGAAACAGAACAGGGUAGAAGGGGUGGGCAUGCCAUUUGGUGGUGGGAAUGCUGGUUGCAGAAUUAGGGUUCGUUUCAUCUGAAAUCAAACACAGUUAUUUCUCUUUAUAAAAAUUCAGAUUUAGAAUUUAAAAUCUAAAACGUAAAAGGACUUCCCUGGAGGUCCAGUGGUUAAGACUCCUCACUUGCACUGCAGGUGGCAAGGGUUCCUUCCCUGGUCAGGGAACUAAGAUCCUACAUGCCGUGCAGUGCGGCAAAAAACAAAACAAAACAAAAAGCAAAACUAAAAUGUGAAAGUGUGAGCACAACCCUCAAAGGGUAUCCACAGCAGGAAGUCCCAGGUAUCCAUGCUUCCUGACUGCGGCAGGGGUUGCCUCUGAUGAACUGGAGCUUUGCAGAGCCAUGCUGGGAUGCUCUGCAUCUGCCCAGAAGGGGGCCUCACUGUUCCACCAGAAGCCCAGCUCCAGGCCCUGGAGGGCAGCUGCUCCGUUGCAUUUCUUCAGUGGAUUUAUUUCCUUGAUGCAAAGCAUCUGUAUUUGUUGGUUCUGCCAUUUGAGCGAUGUCUCUGACUUGUUUGUUUUGAAUUACAUUACAGGCUGGAAUGUAAU